AUGGUUGCCGUGGGAUGUGCCGUCGGAGCGUUUCGCGGAUGCACGGCGACUCUCACGGUGCUUAGAGGGACCAGCAAAUUCAUUAUAGCAGUGGAGAUUUCGCCAUCAGCUUUGGUACAGGAAACCGCAUCUCAUAACACGGAGGCUGAAGCAGCCCUAGCCGGAUUCCAAUCAACCUUGAGACCUUCGAGCCAUCCGUCUCCUUGCGGUUCGUCCAUUUUUCAAGGCGUGACCAUAGCGGAAGGCAGCCACGAGCUGUUCGCCCCUCUUGCUAGAAAAACAGAAGCCACCAUUCUCCGUUUAGAUCGGCUCAAGGCGUUUCGACACGCUACCAGCAAAGCAUCACGGCCGCGACCUGUGAACCUCUCAGGAAGGCACAUUCAGGAAAGUCCUCGUACGGCGGCAGUGGCAGUCGCUGCUAGAAGCAGGGGUUCAGCUGCAGAAACGGGGUCGAUGUGCAUGAAAUUUCCGGCACAGGCUAUUCAAGGGUUAACUGAGUACUGUAGCGGAGCUGACGGCUCUUUCGGUGGCUGCUUUGGCAUCGAAUGGGGCUCCGUUGGGAAGGAGAAUGGCGAUCCUCCGUUCAGCAAUGCUCGAGCGUUUUGGGGGCCGCGUGCUGGAAGAGAUGAAGACGAGCCGCUGUACAGGCCGCUGCUGGUGGAUUUCAACCUCCGCAGUCGGCAGAGGAGGGUUGGUGACAUGGCAGCUUGUGGAUCUGUUUGUCAGGAUGAUGCUGCAGGAUAA